GUUCACGAGUCGGUCAUCGCUUGUCUGGAUCAGCAUCUCCAGUGAGGGGAGCGGAGCUGGGGAGACGGGCGGCGGAAGACGAGGCGUUUCCAGCCUGGAGCUCCACUUCCAUCGCCGUUCCUGUUUUUCACAGACUGCCGAGGGAGAAGCGGCACGCAGACCAUGCGGUCUGUCCGGCUAACCUGGCGAGAAAAGGCUGAAAUCUGCCUGGACAAAGCAGAAACGUGGGGCGUGCGGUCAGUGUGAUGGUUAGACUCGCAGGCUGGUAUCUGAAUGGGAGCAGCAGCCUGAGAUUUAUCGCUACCGUCGGGGUUUCUCAUCAGAACGGCCUUUGGGGGCGCAGGAAACGCUGGAUAUCGGUUUAAUCAGAGAUAUAUCUGCUUCAGGAAACUGUGAUAUAGUAGUUUAUGAAGAGGUAUUAUUUGAGGAAGUUGUGUAUUGUAUUUAGUUUGAGAUACGGUAACUUGUUAGUUAGCUAGCUAGCCACUUUUUUUUAAAAGCAUCUAGGCUUUUAAUUCCCUUAUUCAACAAGGGGGAAAUUGGUAAAUACAUUAUUUCAGUGCUCUGACAUUUUCUGAAGACUCCAACUACAAGGCCCUCAACAUAGCUCGUUAUUUAACGCAGAUAAUUAUCUAGUUAACCAGCUGUCUGUCUCUGUGGAGUAUUUUAUUUUAUUUUUUAAACCUUUUUUCCUGGUAUUGAGCUCCAGUUUUUCUUCAGUAUGGGCUUUUUUAAUGCAAGACUUCUUUUUCUUCAGAAAUGUGUCCAAAAGAUUUUUGACAAGUGACUCACAAAGGUUUAACUGUAAAACAGGAAGCUGAACAAAUUAAAACCAGCCUUUUGGUUGUUUGAAGAGGAGAAAUUAAGCAGAGAAACAUGGCAGUGGAUGGCCGGAUAACAGUCUUCGAUAUUGGACUGUUUGCUUUGGUUCUCCUCAGUCCUGUUGCUGCUGCGCAGACGGAGGAGAGGGAGUGUGCGUAUGCGGAGCAGCACAGGUCUCUGGGUGAGCGUCUCGGUGGGGGAGGAGAGGGUCGAGUGUUUCUGGAGAACAGCACUAUUCGCUGCAGUCCGGGCGGCCGCUGCUACGGUCUGUGGGGAAAGACGCAGAACGGAAUCCUCCUGGUUAAACAAGGUUGCUGGGCCUAUAGGGAUGAUCAGCCAGAGUGCCAUGAUGACCACUGCCUAAUAACUAACCCACCUUCCCAAAUCCAAAAUGGCAGCUACCGCUUCUGCUGCUGUAGCAGAGACAUGUGCAACCUCAACUUCACAGAGGACUUCUCAACACCCAGACCCACCACCGCUCGGCCAGUCCAUCCUCGGCCGCUGGACGGGAAGGAGGCUAUCCUGAUCGCUCUGGCAUCUGUCUCUGUGGUGGCAGUACUGGUGGUGCUGCUCUUCUUCAUCUACCGCUUGCUGAGGGGACACGGUAAACAAAGUCUUCAUAACUUGAACAUGCUGGAGGCAGCGUUCUCUCCCCCUUCACUGGACUUGGACAACCUGAAGCUACUUGAGCUGAUUGGCCGUGGCCGGUACGGGGCGGUGUACCGUGGCUGUCUGGACGAGCGUUCUGUGGCGGUUAAAGUUUUCUCCAGCGCUAACCGCCAGCCCUUUAUUAACGAGCGCUCCAUCUACCGUCUCCUUCUGGACCACGACAACAUCGCUCGCUUCCUGGAGAGCGAGGAGCGAAUCGGAACCGAUGGCCGGACUGAGUACCUGCUGCUGCUGGAGUUCUACCCACACGGUUCCCUCUGUACGUAUCUGAGUGCGAGGGAAGUUGACUGGUUGAGCUGCUGCCGCCUCGUUCUCUCUGUCACCAGAGGACUGGCUUACCUGCACACCGAGCUGCUCAGAGGGGAUGUGUAUAAGCCUGCAGUCUCCCACCGGGAUCUGAACAGUAGGAAUGUGCUGGUGAAGGCAGAUGGCUGCUGCGUAAUCAGUGAUUUUGGACUCUCCAUGACUCUAACGGGGAAGAAACAGCCGGGCCAGGCAGAAGAAGACAACACAGCCAUCAGCGAGGUGGGCACAGUGCGGUACAUGGCACCGGAGGUUCUGGAGGGAGCAGUGAAUCUGCGGGAUUGUGAAGCAGCGCUGAAGCAGGUGGACGUGUACGCUCUUGGUCUGCUGCACUGGGAGAGCUUCAUGCGCUGCCUGGACCUCUUUCCAGGUGAAUCAGUGCCAGCGUUUCAGCUGGCCUUUCAGUCUGAGGUGGGGAAUCAUCCGACCAUAGAGGACAUGCAGGCGCUGGUGUCCCGCCACAAACAGAGACCAAAGUUCCCAGAGGCGUGGAAAGAGAACAGUCUGGCGGUGCGGUCACUAAAAGAGACGAUGGAGGACUGCUGGGAUCAGGAUGCAGAGGCUCGGCUUACAGCCCAGUGUGCGGAGGAACGGCUGGCUGAGCUGCUUCUCCUGUGGGAACGCGACAAAUCCAUGAGCCCUGCUCUGAACCGCAGCACUGCACUGCACAAUCACAGAAACUUGUCAAAUGCACACCAAACACCAAAGACUGGACCAUACCCAGAAUUGUCAUCUUCGACCACUGCUGAAGACAGAGAGCGUGCAACUAAACCCGUAUCUCAGAGCAAUGCCGCUACAGAUCCUGCCUCUGUGGGCGGGGUUAACGGUCCAGUGGGCGUGGCUGUGGAGAAGAACAGAAACUGCAUCAACUAUGAGCGGCAGCAGGCUCAGUCACGGCUCUCUGGCACAGACAGCAGCACCCCUACACCUCUGUCUGAGUCCUAUCCGCCCAGCCUGCAGCCACCAGGGGUCAGUGGUGGGGCACCCUGCGCCCAUCUCACCCAGGAGGACCUGGAGACGCCCAAGCUGGACCCGAACGAGGUGCAGCGAAACCUGCGCGAGAGCUCUGACGAGAGCCUGAUGGAGCACUCCCAAAAGCAGUUCUGCUCGCCAGAAACACUGAACCCACAAAGCCCCUUCUAUCCGCUCAUUAAAAUGGCGGCGGAGGUCACUGGGUCGCAGGCUCGGCAUGGAGACGGACCUAUGGGUGUCAUGCCAAAGCAGCAGAACGUCCCCAAGAGGCCCAGCACCUUGAGUCUGAACAUGAGACCUGCAGGGAAGCAGUCCUCUUCAUCUUCAUCAUCAUCUUUAUCUUCGUCAUCCCUGAGACUGAAGUUUGGCAAGCUGGGCAAGAGCAAUCUACGGAAAUCUGAGGGGGGCGUGGCCAGAACUAAAGCCGCUGGGUCGUCAGGUGAAGCACACAUAGUUGCUACGAACAAUAAAAGCAUUUACAAUACCGCAACGACGCACAGUACAACCACAGCAUCCACGCAGGUGCUACCAGCUGGUGCCAGCAGCAGCAGUUCUGCAUCUCAGGGCAAGGUUGGCUCAAGCUCUGACGACAUGACCUUUGGCCUCCUGACCACCAGUCCGGAUGAGCAGGAGCCUCUUCUGCUGAGAGAGGGGCAGCCUGACAACGCCAACAACAACAACAGCAAUAACAAUGCUGGAGAAGGGGAUGGGGACGGAAAAGGAGACUCAGGAGGAGGAGGAGAGAGCAGCGAGAGUGCCGGACCUGCCGGACCUGCCGGGGAGCUACAGUCAUCAUCCGUAACCGAGGCCCAGGGAGCAACUCUGCCGUGCCCGGCUCCUCAACUGGUGAACCCUCAGGUAGAGCCUCAGACCCAGGAAGAACCCCCACCUCAGCCAGUAGAUGUUCCUCAGGGGACGGCUCUGCUAAGGCAGAACCGAGUACGCAGACCUGAGAGACCCAACUCUCUGGAUCUGUCUAUCACUACACUGCCCUUACUGGGAGACCAGUCGCACUGUGACGGGACGGGGGGUUCAGCAGACAAGAUCAAAAAGCGUGUGAAGACACCCUACGCCUUGAAGAAGUGGCGCCCUGCCACCUGGGUCAUCACCACGGAUGCUGAACUGAACAAUAACAGCUGCACUGGAGGGCAGCACCCGGGCCAGGCGGGCACCAGCAGACCCAAAUCAGCCCCCAACGUCUACCUGUGCGGCCGGGGGGGCGUGGCCUCCAGCUUCACCUCUGAUCCCAGUGACUGCAACUUCUGAAUCGCCACCCUGCUAAAACCCACAUCACGCACCACGACACGACUGAUCUGAUACAAGAAAUCAUUUCAGAGCGAGCACACUGACUGUAAAUCUGUACUUUAUAUCAGCACCUCUAUCUUUCCACAUGUAGUUGUGUUAUUUUUUUAUUUUGUUUUAUUUUUGUUUCUUCUCAUGUUGCACUUUUUAAUUUUUUUUUCAUAAAUCUUCUUCUUCACGUUUAUGUUAAGGAAAAACAAUCAUCAAUGUUUUAAUAAGUAUAAAACAGAGCACAUCAUGGUAUGAAAUACAACCCCAAUUCCACAAAAGUUGUAAAGAAAUGUAAAUAAAACAAAAUGCAAUGGUUUCAGGAUUUUAGGCACAAUAAAACAGGGGUUGUUAACAUUAAAAAAAAAUAUUUUAACCCCCACCCUUUGCAAAACAAAUGAUUGCCAGUACUGCUUAAUAUAAAUUAGAGGAUAAUAAUUAAGUGUAUUAAUUUAAUGCGAUGGUUAGGAGGCACAAAGAUGUUCCUUGUGUGGUUUAGUAGGGCUCAGGAUCUCCAAAUACUUUGUAAAACAAAGUUUACAAAGUUUUUGUAAAUUUCUGCACAGUAUCGUCCUAACAGUUCAGUAGAACACCAAAUACAAAGUCUGCCCGAUUCAAUGAAUGGACAAGCCUAAAGUCUCUGUACAUUUUGCAGGAAAUGUCCUUUAAUUAGCAUUACUCUUGCAAUGUUCUCCCAUUCUUGUCUGAUUUCUUUUAUGAUGCACCAGAUUUUUUCUUUUGGUAAAAGGUCUGGACUGCAGACAGGCUAUAGUCCAGCCAUCAUACUUUUGUCUCAUGCAAAUCAAUGCUGUUUUCUAUGGAUUCAGGAUUUGGUUUAGCUUUGUCUUUCUGAUAUUGCAUUCUGUUUUUAUUAACAUUUAUGUACAUUUUACACACUUGGAAUUGGAGUUGUAUAUACCAUAUACAACAAGGUGGCAAAGCUUUAUAUUAGUAAGCAGUGCAAGCCUGGGUAAUGUCAUGUUUAAUUCCAGUAACUAGCACUUGUAUAUUGUAUUGUACUGUCUGUCCUCUGAGCUCGACAGCACUGCAGACUCCUGCACCCUGCACUCAACUCUUCUACUUCAUCUACAGUCUAUGACAAUAUGACAAUGAACAUUAUAUAAAAUGAGCUAUGGACCUUUUUUACUACGUUAAUACUGCACAAAUGGUCUCCUCAUUCCUGUGAGCAUAGAAAACAUCAUGAAAGACAAUCUGCUGCCUUUGCUUUCCGAGGCGUAGCCACCAGUCAAUCAAGCAAGCUCCAAAACCAGGAGGACGAUGUUGAAGGCACAUUAGACAUUCUGGCCUGGUUCAUGUCGCGCAUUAACAUGCAUCCUGGGUGAUCUGAUGAUCACAGAUGAUUGUCAAAAGUCAUAGCCGUUCAUACCCGGCAUUUUAACUGUGUCUCUUGUGAGCAUUUGAUUUUAGAUAUGAUUUUAUCACAUAUUAUUUCCACUGGAGGCGAGGCCAGCUGCAGUAACAGUCUUCCAGUUUUCUUUGGACGGAGUGCUUGGUUCAAAUCCAGGUGAGGCAGCUAGUUUGGCUAGUGUGUUUAUUGUGUAUUCUCGAGCAGGGGCAUCCUUGAGCUGUGCCAUUUACACUGCAACAAUAAUAAGGUCACAUACAGCUCUGGAGAAAAUUAAGAGAGCACUUUAGUUUCUGAAUCAGUUUUUCUGAUUUUAGUAUUUAUAGGUAUAUGUUUGAGUAAAAUGAACAUCAGUGUUUUAUUCUAUAAACUACAGACAACAUUUAUCCCAAAUUCUAAAUAAAAAAUAUUGUAAUUUAGAGCAUUUUUUGCAGAAAAUGAAAAAUGGCAGAAAUAACAAAAAAGCAGAGCUUUCAGAAAUCAAAUAAUGCAAAGAAAAAAGUUAAUCUUCAUAAAGUUGUAAGAGUUUAGAAAUGAAUAUUUGGUGGAAUAACCCUGGUUUUUAAUCACAGUUUUCCUGCAUCUUGGCAUGUGCUCCUCCAUUAAUCUUACGCACUACUUUUGGAUAACUUUAUGCCGCUCCUGGUGCAAAAAUUCAAGCAGUUCAGCUUGGUUUGAUGGCUUGUGAUCAUCCAUCUUCCUCUUGAUUAUAUUCCAGAGGUUUUCAAUUUGGUAAAAUCAAGUAAACUCAUCAUUUUUAAGUAGUCUCUUUUUCCCAGAGCUGUAUGUCUCUAAUCACCUGCGAAAGUUGUUCUUAAGGCAUACUGUACACCUGUACAUACUUGGGCUGCAGGAACCUUAUGAUCGGAUCUCCAAGGACAUGGUAAUUCCAGGUGUGAACAGGAUCUCUGGUGCUGCAGUGAAGCUGAAAGUGUAUCUACCAAGCUACUAAUUAGUACAAGACACUGUUCAUGGGUGACUGCCCACAGUAACCGCAUCACGCUACAGUAACAAGUUAUUGUAUGGAUUAAGGUGAUAUUCAUGGCAGGAGCACAAGCGAAACUAACUGCCUCAUCUAGAUCUGGGCUGAAGACUCCAUCCAAAGAAAACUGGAAGACUGUAACUGGCCCCUCCUCUAGUGGAAAUGACUGGAGAAAUCUGAUCACAAGCUCUCACAGGAGCUGCAUUUAAAAUUCCAGUAACGGCUAUGAGUUUUAGUGAGUUUUAGUGAUCAUUUGUGAUUGGUUCACGCAUGAAAUAUGCUAAUGCCAGGUGUGAACAGGGUUUAAGGUGCUGAACAACACAACACACACAGUCCACGCCCUCUCCUUCUCUCAGCCCUGAAUUUAUCUGUGGGCUAUAUUUAUAUGCUUUUUAUGUAUGGUGGGGAACCAAGCCAAAUUUGCACUGUAUCGAAUACGCUUAAUCCUUGAUUUAUUAUCAUGUUAUGACUAUGGACCUGCUUAGAUGUUAUUAUAUAUGUAUAUGUGUGUGUGUGUCUGUGUGUGUGAGUGAGUGUGGGUUUACAGUAAGAGAAAGAGAGAGUGAAAGCACAUGGGUAUCAUGUUUAUGUGUCUUCAUGUAGUAGUGUGAGUGUGUUUGUCGUAUGUGUGUUUGUCAUUGUUUAAACCGUGACUAUUACGGUAAACGCCUGCUUGCCAUUUAAUUUCGAUGCAUCCUAUUCAUUUUAAUAGAGAGAGCUGCCACAUGUCACAGUGUAUGAUGUGUUGAUCAUUUCUAUACUGAAAAAUAUACAAAAUGUUUUAACACAAAACUAUAUCCAAUGUUUCAGCACUGCAGGCAUAUAUUUAAAGCUUUUAAACUUCGUGUAUAAGCCUUUUAAAGCCUUUUAAAUUUCUAAAAUUAAAAUAAUAUCUUGGCAAGAAGUUAUACACUAUUUUUAAUUUGACUUAUUAUCUUUAGCAUUUAGCUUUAGCAUUUAGCAUUCAUUAAGAGUUCACUCAUGGGCUUCCUCUAGCGUCGUUUAUGGGUAUAAUGGAGGGGGCCAAACAAGUAUGGCUGCAUCCAGCCAAUCAGGGAAAAGUGUUUUGGUAAAUCAUUUGGUUCAUACACAGAAUGGACCUCUUCAAAACAGGGAGGGAAAUCUGAUUACGACUGUAUCCUGAUGACCAGAUUUAAAGUAGAAUACAAUUGAUUAAAUGUAAAAUUUCUUAAAAAGUAGAAUAUUUCCUCUUCCAUUGUUAUUUUGCUUGUUUUCAUUAAUGAACUUCACAGACACAUCCUGUGAAAUGUGUGGUGGAAAAUGGCAAGUGGACUUGUACUGUUAGAGCUAGGCCUUGUUCAGGCCAUAAACCUAAAAGUGGUGUGUUAGCACAAAGCUAUCAGGCAUUUUUUUUUACAUAAAUAAACGUGAAUAUUUGAAGUUUGUUAACACAAACAUACUGUUGCUGCCAUGAUCACCCUUUUUGCUGACAGCUGUAUCAAACUCAUUCUAAAUGGACCAAUAGAAAUGCUCCAGAAUUUAUAAUUUAUUAUAACAUUUAUAACCGUUGGAAUCGCUGAAAGCUGACUGACUUGUGGAUCCAUGAGGAUGUCUGAAGUAUGAUUUCACCAUUCAGACUUUGCGUGCAUCCCAGUAUAUAGCACAUGUACAGUACUGCUUACAGGCCCUCUAAACAAAUACAUGGCCAUAUUAAAUUGAAACAGCUCAGUGACGAGUCUGAAUUUAAAUGAUUAACAUCACUGGUUCUAAUAAACUUCAGUAGAGUUUCCAGAUUUGUCCCUUUCCUGGCGACUUUUCCAAGAUCACAAAAUAAUCUAACUCAGACCUGGUGACUCUCUCUAUUUCCAUAUAUUGUAAUAAAUCUGUGUGAUUUAACUUUUCCCUGUGUGUGUGUGUGUGUUUGUCUGCUGUUCAGUGUAAAGGUGCAGUGUUAGUUCUGCUCAGGCGUUCCAGCGCCCCCUGCUGUCAGGUCACGAGAAUGCUGCGUGGUUGUAUAGUUUGGAAUUUGUGAUGCACACCUGUAGUGUUAUUUGCUGCAUUUUAAUAAAUUAUGCUUUACAGUUGGAUUGUA